UGAGAGGAUCCAAACCUGGUAAAAAUGUCCAGCUUCAAGAGAAUGAAAUCAGAGGUUUGUGCUUGAAAUCUCGCGAGAUCUUCCUCAGUCAACCAAUUCUGUUAGAACUCGAAGCACCGCUUAAAAUAUGUGGUGAUAUCCACGGACAAUACUACGACCUCCUGCGGCUAUUUGAAUACGGUGGUUUUCCACCGGAGAGCAACUAUCUGUUUCUUGGGGACUACGUUGACCGAGGGAAGCAGUCCUUAGAGACAAUUUGCCUCUUGCUGGCCUACAAGAUAAAAUAUCCAGAGAACUUUUUCCUCCUUAGAGGCAACCAUGAAUGUGCUAGCAUUAAUAGAAUUUAUGGCUUCUAUGAUGAAUGUAAAAGAAGAUACAACAUCAAGCUGUGGAAAACCUUCACGGAUUGCUUCAACUGCUUACCCAUAGCAGCCAUUGUGGACGAGAAAAUAUUUUGCUGCCACGGAGGCUUAUCACCAGAUCUCCAGUCCAUGGAACAAAUCCGGCGAAUUAUGCGGCCCACAGACGUGCCGGACCAAGGCCUCCUUUGUGACUUGCUGUGGUCUGAUCCCGACAAGGAUGUGCUUGGAUGGGGCGAAAACGACCGAGGGGUCUCCUUCACAUUUGGAGCCGAAGUGGUGGCAAAGUUCCUUCAUAAACACGACUUGGACCUCAUAUGCAGAGCUCAUCAGGUAGUUGAAGAUGGAUACGAAUUCUUUGCAAAAAGGCAGCUGGUAACUCUGUUUUCUGCCCCCAAUUACUGUGGGGAGUUUGACAAUGCAGGUGCUAUGAUGAGUGUGGAUGAGACUCUAAUGUGCUCCUUUCAGAUCUUGAAGCCUGCGGAGAAGAAGAAGCCCAACGCCAGCCGGCCCGUAACGCCACCCAGGGGAAGGACGACUUGAACUAGCAGAGUAAAGCUUGUGAGCAGCUGAAGUACAGGAUUAAAGACUUUUGAUACUCCCCUUAUAUUCAGUGUCGAAGCGUGCUGCUGUGCUCGUUUAGCCAGUUCAGAAAGUUGUAACAUGUGAAGAGACUUGCCUGAGAAUUAGAAUUAACUUUAGGUUUUGUUUUAUUUGCAUCUUGAAGACUUGCUACCUACAAAGCUUAGAAAACAACCAACUGCAGCAGUGAACCCGCGUUCACCUGUUUCUAUGACUCACAGUUUCUUGUGGUUUUUUUUCGUUUUGUUUCUAAAGAAAAACCUGUACUCUUUUUAAACAGAUGACAGUGUACAAUACAAAUGUGGUAAAAUGCCUAUUAAAUGAGUAACUUGUUAAAUUUU